ACAGUCAUGAGUUCAGACACAAGAUGGACAGAACAGACAGACAGGUGUGAGGAGAAGACAUGUCUGAGGUUCUCACUGUAGACGCCAUCCUCUUCGGCCUGCUGGUCUUCUCGGGAAUUAUCGGAAACAUUCUGGUCAUCUAUGUGGUGUUUCAGUGUGCAAAAGAAAAUGCCGCCCGUCAUUUGCCCCCAUCCGACACCAUCCUGGUCAAUCUGUGCCUGGCAAACCUGCUGACGUCCAUUUUCCGGACGGUUCCAAUCUUCGUGUCUGAUCUGGGUCUGGAGGUGUCGCUGUCGCCCGGCUGGUGUCGUGUGUUUAUGCUCCUGUGGGUGUGGUGGCGGGCGGUGGGCUGCUGGGUCACUCUCGCCCUCAGCGCCUUUCACUGCGCCACCCUGCGUCGCCAGCACGUCACCAUGGGGCCGCAUGGUCACCAGAGGGAGCGCAGGCGGGUGUGGGCCAUUCUGGGCUUGGUUUGGGGUGUUAACCUGCUGUUCUCAAUCCCCGCCCUCGUGUACACCACCCACGUGAGCGGGAACGCCACGGUGGAGUUGAUGGUGAUCAGCUGCACCACGCGCCCGCUGCUGGGCUGCGUUUGGGAGUUUCCCACUGAGCAGCAGGGCUACGCAUUCGCCUCCGCGUCUCUGGUGCUGAACGAGGUCAUGCCGCUCAUUUUAAUGAUGAUCACCAACUUUGCGACCCUACACUCGCUGGCCAAGCACAUCAGGGCGGUCACGGGGGGCGGAGUCACCACUUCGGGGGAUUCGGACAGACACACGUCCAGUGAGAAGAAGGCGGGUCACGUGAUCGUGGCUCUGGUCGCGCUCUUUGUGGGCUGUUGGGUGCUGCAGGUGGCCGCAGUGACGUACUAUAACAACAACGGCGGGCUGCACGCUGAAGGACUGCUGACCGUCGCUCAUUUCGCAGCUUCACUCUUCGUGGGGUUCAGCCCGUUGGUGGUAGCAUUUGGACACGGAAAACUGCGCAAGAGAAUCAGUGUCAUGAUACAGUAUUGGGCUCGCUGGAUCAAAUGCCCGGGAGAGAAACACCCGGAAACAAGAAAUCAGACAGCAGCGGCGGCUACACAGAAAGACACGUCUGCUAAAACAGAACACAUGGGGAAGAAAUGA